GGCCUCCGCGUGUGUUGACAACAUGGCCGCGGCCCGGCGGGCUCAGGCGCUGCGCCUCUAUCGGGCCCUCCUGCGGGAGAGCCAGGCCUUCGCCGCCUACGGGUACAGGACCUAUGCCAUCAGAAGAAUAAAAGAUGCUUUCAGAGAAAACAAAAACAUCAGUGAUUCAACAGAAAUUGAAGCACUACUAAACAAAGCAAAAACUAAUCUGGAAAUCAUACGCCGACAAGUCCUCGUUGGCCAACUCUAUACAGCAGAGAAGCUUGUAAUUGAACACGAACAAAAAGUCUGAUACAGGAUGAAGGCCUCUUCCGGGAGCCCUAGCGGACCAGCUUCAGUAUUGUAUAACACACGCACAGAUUUUUUUACUUGAACACAUUGUUUGAGCUAUCUUGUUUUUCUUCUUACAGAAUAUAUGUAAGACUUAAGACUGUAUUCUGUCUUAAUAGUGUACACUGCAUAAAAUAUUAGAAGCAUGCUUUCUAUGUAUUGGUAAGGUGAGGAAUACAUUUUGUUGGGGCUGAACAUCACUGUCGGCUGGUAUUCUCAAACCAUUAGUUUUCUUGACAAUAAAAUUCCAUAAGCUAAUGUGUUUGCUUGCUUCCUGGAUGAACAACAGUUGAAUAAAUAGUUGUUGCCUUUGGGUUUAAAUUGUAAUGACAAAAUAUUUCACGAUGCCUAAUUUCAGAAAUUAACAUUCUGGUUACAAUCCUGAAAUGCCUUUAAUAAGUCUAAGGUUCGAAACUUUUGUGUCCAGUUCAACACUUUUGUAGAAGAUAAAUGUUUAUAAGUAUUGACAACUAUAGUUUUGUUGAACAUUGUGUGUCUCAGACUAUUAAAGGAAAUCAGCACUUUACUUUUCCAUCUGUGGAAUAAAUAAAGUAGUACUUUAUUUUAAAA